AUGGCAGUUUGCCCUGGUAGGGUGGACGCAUACCAUACCACAACUGCACCUGGUUUGCGACCUCGUACCAGCACCAAGUCCAACUGGCUCUCUUUCACCCACCCAGAAGGCCAGUUGUAUUUUCACAUGCAACGUGGCCAUUUCUCGGUUGUCACGGAGGAGAAUGUGUUAAAUACUGAAACGGACAAUUUGGUGUCCGCCUAUCUGGCACUGAUCGACAAGAGGGUCCUCGAAUACGGCAUCGUAUUGCCACAGGCAUGCGAGCUCUUCGUUGAACUUCGGUUUGACGAGCCGCCACAAACGUCUACAUGUGCCUAUUAUUUUGUGGAUCAUCAUAGCCGCUCCCUCUUCUGGCUCGAGCCUACCUCAUCGGAGCUGCUCGACAUGGGCAUGUUGGUGUCUGACUCGCACUUGGAUACUGCAUUGGAAAGACUCUACUGGGUGCAUGUGGAGUUUUUCCCGAUGCACGUCUGCACCCAGUUGACACCACUCAUUGUGGAGAACUUGAUCAGCGUCAUAUGUCAUGGUAUGAUAGAUCGAAUGACGUCGCGCACCUCAACAUUCCCAUAUACGGAGGUAAAAUGUGGUCAACUUCUACAGGCACUAUCCCUGCGGCGAGGCGAACCUUUGGACGGCCAUACACUAUGUUUUGCCGCUCGUCUUUGGGGUGCAAUCAAUAACCAACGGUUCAUGACGUACCAUGGGCAAGAAAAUGCUCAAUUAGACAGAUUGCAUCCACCCAUGCCAGAAGACAUAGUCGACUGCCCUGGGAUGUGUGCACUAGUGAACCUGACCUUGUGGGGAAUCCCUAACCACUAUUACUCCAAGCUUCAUGAUCUGUUCGUUCAUGACCAGGUGUAUGUUGAUCACUGGCAGACUUUCAUGACUACAUGUGCCUCGGAAUGGAGAGGCAUUCUCAUGUCAAUGCUACCGCGUGCUUCAUUGACAUCUGCUAUGGCACCGAUUCUUGCAGCAUCCUCAAGCAUCCUGUCGGGAUCAAUCCUACUCUUGAGACACUAUGGUUUCGAAGAUGCAACCGCUUCGUUUGCUGCUCGCUUCCUUCGCACAGCGAAAUCGUCUGACUGGGGCUUCUUGCCUUUGUCUGUUGUAUACAGCUUGCCAAAAGCACUCUACUUAUGGAGCCUGGGACUUAUGGUCGCUCAGUUCGUAUUCUGGGUUUCCCGUGUAGUUGGCGUACUUUGGGCGUCAGGCGGGGUUUGCUUCCUAACUCUAAUGGGUUAUGGCAUCCUCUAUUUCACGUCUAUUGAUCACCCCGAUCCCACGGUUGGCCUGCUGCGCAGCCAUUGGCACGCCUUCCAGGGUGGUUCAGCGGAAGCCGCGGGAAUUCUGCCAGUUUGAAUGUGGUAUAAAAAAUCCAAUAUUAGCAUUAAUGUCCAAUGGAGUGUUGUGCGCAAAUGUACACGGGACGGUUCGCAAGGCUGUACUUCUUAGCACGAGUUACAUUUACAUUUACUGGUUUACUUAUGUGCUGCCAGACAGUGUACAUGUCUACUUAAACUUGCGUCUAAACGUCUAUGUCUAAAUCUCUAU